CCGCGCCGGGCUGGGCGGCUGCGGGGUCCCGGCACACGUACGGCGGGAGCCGCGGGGCCGCUGCCGGGGGCGGGCAGGAGCCUUCGAGCGCCCGGGCCCGGCCGCGCUGCCCCGGGGUGCCGCGGGGCUCGCUGCCGCGGAGCCGGGAGGAGCCGGGAGGCGCCGGGGCCGGAGCCGGGGCCGCGCUGAAGGGCCGAUCGCCCCGCAGCCUGCCCGGGAUGAGGACGCGCCUGCUCGAGGCCCUGGGCUGGGGCUUGGCCGCCGCGCUGGGGGUAGCCGCCUUCCUCCUGAUCCUGACCCUGGCCAGGGACGCUGCCCUUCCUGUGAAGAACAAGUACGGUCUGGUGUUUGAUGCUGGCUCCACACACACGGCACUCUACGUCUACCGCUGGCCUGCAGACAAGGAGAACGGCACCGGCAUCGUCUCGCAGGUGGAGGCCUGCACCGUGGCUGGACCCGGCAUCUCCAGCUACGCUGACAACCCGGCUGGGGCCGGGGCCAGCCUGAAGCCCUGCCUGGACAAGGCCCUGGAGCUGAUCCCCGCAGAGCAGCAGCGGGACACCCCCGUCUACCUGGGGGCCACGGCGGGCAUGCGGCUGCUGAGGGAGCAGAACAGCAGCGAGGCCCAGCAGAUCUUUGCCGAGAUCGCCAGGGCCAUCGGCGAGUACCCGCUGGCCUUCCACGGGGCUCAGAUCCUGACGGGCAACGAGGAGGGCUCCUUCGGCUGGAUCACCGUCAACUACCUGCUGCAGACGCUGGUCAAGUUUUCCUUUGCAGAGCGAUGGGAACAUCCCCAGGACACCGAGGUGUGGGGAGCCCUGGACCUGGGAGGGGCCUCGACACAAAUCACGUUCCAGCCCGGAGCGGCCGUAGAGGACGAGAACAGCUCGGUGUCGUUGCGGCUGUACGGCAGCGAGUACGGGCUGUACACACACAGCUACCUGUGCUACGGGCAGCUGCAGGCGCUGCGGAUGCUGCUGGCCGCUCUGCUGCAGGGCAGCCCGGCCGGCCAGCGCAUCUCGCACCCCUGCUACCCCCGGGGCUACCAGGAGAACGUCAGCACGGCGGAGCUCUACGGCGGCCCCUGCGUCCCCGCGCCCGGCGCUCCCGGCGCCGCCCAGAACCUGACGGUGACGGGCACGGGGGACCCGGCCGCGUGCCGCGCCGCCGUGCAGCGCCUCUUCAACCUCAGCUGCGGGGCCAGCGGCUCGUGCGGCUUCAACGGCGUCUAUCAGCCGCCCGUGCGGGGACAGUUCUUCGCCUUCUCAGGGUUUUACCACAACCUUCACUUUCUGAACCUGACCAGAGGACAGUCCCUGAGCUCAGUCAAUGCCACCAUUGAGCGAUUCUGCAACAGCAGCUGGGAUGAGCUGCAGGAGGAGUUCCCCACCAUGAACAAGACCCACCUCCGUGAUGCCUGUGCAGCCAACUCCUACACCCUCACCCUUCUCCUGCAAGGCUACAGAUUCAACCACACAACUUGGCUUAACAUCCACUUCGUCAGGCAGGUCUCUGACGUGGAUGUGGGCUGGACUCUGGGCUAUAUGCUCAAUCUCACCAACAUGAUUCCCUCAGAGACUCCCCAGAGAGUUGUUGGCCUCCAGAGAAGCAGCUGGGUAGCAGCCACAGUUUUACUGGCUGUCAUGCUCAUCCUCAUCUUCUUCCAGCUCACAGUCACAUGCUGCCAGAGAAACUCUGGUUAUGAGAGCCUGUAGCAGCACUGGCUCCAGAGGCUGCUGUCCUGCUGCACUUUUGCAAGGAGCUGCAGACCAGGGAAUCCCCCCCAGGGCCCUGGAGCUGGGGAGUUCUGAUGUAGGGCACCUGUGUCCUGGCCUGAUGAGCUGGAACCAGCACAGGCUGUAUAAAAUCCUCCCAGUAGCUCU